GUUGAUCACUGAUUAUACGUUAUUUGUUGGUUUUAAUGGUCUUCUAUUUGGUUUUUUAAUUAAAAUGGUCUUCUAUUUAUGUGACAAUACAAUAAAUAUUGUGUUUAAUUGCCUUUAGAUUUCUCUUUUUUUUUUUAAGAUAUUUGAUUCUCCAUGAAGUCGUCCAAUAAGCUCUACUUGACUUUCUCAACAAUAGCUCUUAUCUUAGUUGCAAAGAGUCACAUAACAAUACCAUCGCCAGAGGAGAUAAAGGAGUUGGAGAAGCAACUCAACCAUAUCAAUAAACCCGCAAUCAAAAGUUUCCAAACUGAACAUGGUUAUAUAUUGGAUUGCAUCGACAUUCAAAAGCAGUUAGCCUUUGAUCAUCCUUUGCUAAAGAACCAUUCCAUACAGUUAAAACCUACAACUAUACCUAUAUGGAUCAUACGUAACAACAAAUCUCAAAACUCUACUUCUCUCCCAUAUCAACAAGAUGACAUAAGUUGUCCAAUUGGGACAAUCAUUGUCAAAAGAGUUACCAUUGAAGAUCUUAUACAAGCUCAACGUUUGAAAUCUUUAAGAAUUGCCUCAAUUAGUUACGAAGGUAACAAUCAUGGAGCAAAAGGAAACAUUAACAUAAGGAGUCCAAACGUCUCACAUCAUCAGUAUAGUCUUGCGAGUAUGGAUGUUACAGGUGACUUAGGAGGAUUACAAAGCAUAUCAGCUGGAUGGAUAGUGAACCCGGGCAUUAAUAAAAGUCAGAGUUCUGUAUUCACAUAUUGGACUGCAGAUGGAAGUAAUCAGACUGGUUGCUUUAAUUUACAAUGCCCUGGAUUUAUACAUGUGAGCUCUAAAUUCGCAGUUGGUGUCCUCGCCCAACCAGUUUCUAUAUAUGGUGGUGAACAAUAUCAUCUAGAAGUCAAUAUAUAUCAGGAUCAUCUUACAAGAAAUUGGUGGUUUAUGCUACGUGACGAGCCAAUAGGAUACUGGCCUAGAUCAUUGUUCAAAGAUGAGGGUUUAGCUAAUGGAGCAAGUGUAGUGGACUGGGGAGGAGAAAUUUUAUGUUUAGUGAGAGAGAGGAGUCCAUGUCCAACCAUGGGAAGUGGACAUUUUCCACAAGAGGGUUAUAAGAAAGCAGCUUAUGUGAAUGAUAUUCAAGUGAUGAUCGAUACUAAAUCAAGACAAGCUUUGAUUCCAACAGCUUCAGCUUUAAAAAUAGAUGAAAGUGAUCCAAGUUGUUAUAAGGUUGAGAAGUUAAUAGAUGUUGGUGAGUGGUCUAGAGCUAUCUUCUUUGGAGGACCUCAAGGAUGUAAAAUGUAAUGUACAUGUCUUUAAGAUCUUUAGUAUAUAUGUCCUCUCUCUUUCUAUAUUUUAGUUCAAGAAUAAAACCUAUAUAAGUUUUUUUCA